AAACUGUCCUGACUCUCCUUGUUAUCUAGACAAGAUUAGUGACACACAUUGACCAGAGAAGACACCAAGGGAAUACACUCCUGUGUGUAGAAUCUGAAAGCCUAUAAUACAACUGCACUGUAGACAGCUUGCAGACAUUCAUGGGAAUAAAUACACUUCAGCCAUUUCCUUGGGUUAAUCCACAUACUACACAAAGAGCCAUGUACCAUGGAAAAUUUGGAGGUAAUUGCUCCCAGGUGACAGAAUUCAUUCUCAAGGGAUUCACAGAUCAUCCAAAAUUUAAAACUGUACUGUUUGUGCUGUUCUUGGUGAUCUACAUUGUCACUGUGCUGGGGAAUCUUGGUAUAUUCACACUUAUCAGGAUUGAUGUCCGACUUCACACCCCCAUGUACUUUUUCCUCAGUAACUUGUCCAUUGUAGAUCUCUGUUACUCCACAGUUGUCACCCCCAAGAUGUUAGUGGAUUUGUUAGCAGACAAGAAAGCCAUACCUUAUGCUGCAUGUGCAACCCAGAUUUUAUUUUUCACUUUGUUUAUUGUAGUAGAAUGUUUCCUCCUGGCUGCAAUGGCAUAUGACCGAUAUGUCGCCAUUUGUAAUCCACUCCUCUACCAGGCUGUCAUGCAUCCGAGGCAUUGUGUCCAUUCGGUAGCUGGUUCUUUUCUAGCUGGAUGUAUAAAUUCAAUGGCACAAGCUACAGGCAUGUUAAAACUCUCCUUCUGUGGUUCCAAUAUAAUUGACUUGUUCUUCUGUGACAUCUCCCCAGUGUUAUCACUUUCCACUUCCGAUACUACCAUCAAUCACAUUGUCCUCAUAACAGUGGCCUAUUUGUCAGGGGUAGUCAGCAGUCUGAUAGUCAUUAUCUCCUAUGUUUUCAUCCUCAUUACCAUCCUUAGGAUCCACUCUGCUGAGGGCAAGCGCAAAGCCUUCUCCACUUGUGCAUCCCACCUUACAGCUGUCAGCAUCUUCUUUGGGACUGGCCUGUUCAUCUAUUUACAGCCAAGCACAAACUACUCAAGGGAUCAGGACAAAGUGGCCUCAGUGUUCUACACAGUGGUGACCCCCAUGCUGAACCCCCUGAUCUACAGCCUGAGGAACAAGGAAGUGAAGGAUGCCCUGAGGAGAGUGAUGAAGAAAAGAAACUCCUUUAUAGGAGAUAAACUAUUGUGCAGAAAGCAGUAAGAACUUAUAAACCAAUACCUGAUCUAUAAGUUUUAUCUCAGUGGGUGAGUCUACAUGCCACCCUAUGGCAACAUUGUUACUGCACUGUACUUCAGUAUUUCCUUUCGGAAGUACAAGAGCAUGGUGCAGUAACCACCUGUACUGAGCCAUACUUGUGGCACAUGGUUAGUUUUCACUGCUACUUCACCAUAGCAGCACACUAAAAUGGGGAGCAUGCUGCUAUGGUGAAGUAGCUGCCAAUCAUGUGUAGUCACGUGAUCACUGUGGCAACGUAGGGUGAUGUGUAGAUGCACCCAGUGUGUAUUACCCCUGCUUGAGAAUGAACUGCAUUGGAACUUUCCCAUUGUCAGUGAAUACACUCCUCAACAGUUACAACAUGCAUUAUCUAUCCUAAGUUAUUCAGCUCAGCAAAGAAAAAACACCACUUAUUUAUUAAAAAUCAGUAGUUUUCCAUAGAAAUGUGUUUUAUUUUAUUAAAGAAGGGAUAAUUAGAAAUUUGGGGUAGUAUUCUCUACUUUCCUUGUUGUCUAAGAGCCUAUUCAUCAUUCCAAUGGCAUUUUUGGCACUUGACCAAGGGAUUCUGUUCCUUGGUCUAUAAACUUAUACAUAAG